AUGGGAGAGACAGCGCCUGUCACGACCACCAUCGUCGAGUCCAAUGCUCGGAGGACGUAUCCUUCCACGCCACGUGAUAGUGUCGAUGGCGAAAAGAGACCGACGGAGACAGACAGCCAAAAUGAGAAAUCCACGGGCAGCGUGAGCGACCACAUGACCGUGGCAGUCGCGCCAGAAGAGAACGAGGGCGAUCAAGAAGGGCCACUGACUUCUUUUUUCCGCGUUUUGUACGAAUUUUCCACCCCAUCCGACCAUUUGUUGCGCAUCAUCGGACUCUGCGCUGCGAUCGCGUCGGGGGCCGCACUGCCUUGUAUGACGCUGGUCUUCGGUUCAUCCGUCAACGAAUUCAAUUCAUUUGGCUCAAACGAGCAAUCAUCGAGCACCUUAUACAAAUCCGUCUCCCACAAUGCGCUAUGGUUUGUCUAUCUCUUCAUUGGCCGUUAUGUACUUGUUUAUAUUCAUUCGACAUGCUUUGGUGUUUCGGGUAUCAGAGCCACCCAAGCUUUUCGCCAGCAUUUCAUCAAGGCUGUGAUUCAACAGGAAAUUGCCUAUGUCGAUUCGCGUUCUCUCGGGGGGAUCACAACAGCCAUCUCUGCGAACGUGGACAUGGUCGAAAAUGGAAUCACAGAAAAGAUAGGCAGCCUUAUUCAAGCCAUCUCGAUGCUGAUCGCUGGUUUUGUCGUGGCUUUUACUCAGCAAUGGAAGCUGACUUUGGUGACCGCCACCACUUUGCCUGUCCUCUUCGCUGGAUUCUACAUCACCUUCACCCUUGACUCCAAGAUUGAAGGCAAGAUCCUUGAAGUCUACAAUUCCGCCAGCGGCCUGGCUGAAGAGGCUAUGAGCAGCAUGCGCAUGGUCACGGCACUCAACAUCGGAAAAAGACUAGCCCAGAAAUACGACAUUCCUCUUGCCGAGGCUGAGAGACUUGGUCUUACCAAAGGCCCAGUCAUUGGAUUUCAAUAUAGCGUCGAGAUGUUCACCACAUACUGCGCAUACGCCCUAGCUUGGUACUACGGUACCAAACUCUUAAAAGAGGGCGAAAUUGGCUCUGGCGGUGGUGGCAUGAUAACAGUUCUGUUAUCUGUCCUUCUAGCAACCCAGGCCGCAUCCGACGUUGCGCCGGGCUUUAGCGGCUUUACCAGGGCAUCGGCCUCAGCAAAGGAAAUGUUUAAAGUGGUAGAUCGGCCAUCGAAGAUUGACCCGCUUGGGGAAGGAGGGCACAAACCGGAGAGCCUUCAGGAGAGCAAAAUUGAGCUACGUAACGUCACGUUUGCUUAUCCUUCACGACCAACGUUACCAAUUCUCCAAGACUUCAGCAUCAUCUUCGAGGCAGGCAAAACCACAGCUCUAGUCGGAUCGUCUGGAUCCGGAAAAAGUACAAUCGUUGGCUUGAUUGAGCGUUGGUUUGAUACAGACUCAGGAUCAGUUCUUGUGGGAGGCCACCCCGUUACUGAUUUGAACGUGCGAUGGCUGCGUAGCCAAGUUGGCUUGGUUCAGCAAGAGCCUGUACUAUUCAGCGACUCCAUUUAUAACAACGUGGCUCAUGGCUUAUACGGCACCAGUAUGGAUUCACUGCCUGAGGUGGAAAAACGAGAACUCGUCCGUCAAGCUUGCAUUCAGGCCUUUGCCGACGACUUUAUCCAGGAUCUUCCCGAUAAAUACGACACUCUCGUUGGAGAGCGCGGCCGGCUCCUCAGUGGCGGUCAGAAACAGCGAAUUGCCAUCGCCCGUGUCGUUAUUUCAGACCCCCGAAUUCUUCUUUUGGAUGAGGCCACGUCGGCUCUGGACCCCACGGCUGAGAAGAACGUUCAAGCCGCUUUGGAUAAUGUCUCCAAAUCCCGCACCACCAUUAUGAUUGCUCAUAAGCUGUCUACUGUGCAAAAAGCUGAUAAGAUUGUUGUUCUCUCACAUGGAAAGGUGGUUGAGCAAGGUACCCAUCAGCAGCUCCUAGCGGACAAGGGCUCGUACCAUAAACUCGUCCAUUUGCAGAACCUAGACAUCAACGAUGAAGCCAUGCGCAGUUCUAAGAAUUUGCAGAAUGAUGAACAUACUAUCGGAUACGACACUCAGGAAGAUCGCGGACUUCCAAAAAUACCACCAUCUCGCUUGUCAUCGAGAUCUCGCGAAGACACAGUGUCAAUGUCUCAAGUCGAUGCCAAGGUAAGUGGCGAUGAAAAAGAAGAAAAUUGUGAGGACAAUGACCUUAAGGAAAGGCUUUCUUUGAUUCGUUGCAUUGCCAUCAUCAUUUGUCAGGAGCAGCGGCACCUCUGGUUUCUCUUCUUAGCCGGCUUGGUAUCCUCCGCUGGUAGCGGCGGCGCGUUUCCUGCUCAGGCCGUUCUCUUCGGUGAGAGUAUCUCCACGCUGCAACUUCCUCACGACCAACAUCUUGUCAACAGAGGUAGUUUCUGGGCACUCAUGUAUUUCGUGCUCGGUCUCGGCGUCUUAGUGGUCAACUGGGGAGUUGGCUUUUGGUGGACUGUGGCUUCAUUCCGCGCAACCCGUCAGUAUAGACGUGAAUAUUUUGAGGCCAUGAUGCACCAGGACGUUGCCUUCUUUGACUUGAAGGGCCACAGCGCUGCCGAAAUGACGAGUCGUCUUUCCCUGCAUCCUCUCCACCUCCAGCUACUUCUAUCGACCAACCUGGCCCUAAUUUUCUUGGUGAUCUUCAAUGUCUUAGGGUGCUGCAUCCUUUCCCUAGUGGUUAGCUGGAGACUCGCACUCCCUGUCAUGGCUGUGGGUGUGCCACUCUUAUUUGGCGCUGGCUACUUUAGAAUGCGCAUGGAGAUGAGUAACCAAGAUCGCGUCACUGUUAUUUACCAGGAAGCUGCCCGCUUUGCUUCUGAAGCAGUUGGCGCUAUUCGGACUGUUUCGAGCCUAGGCCUGGAGCAGAAAGUCCUCGAUGGGUACGAGAAAAGACUCAAUGAAUCUGCCAAGCUCGAAAUGUGGCACAAACUAGUCAGCAUGCUUCUCUUUGCGUUCAGUGAGAGCAUCAGUCUCGUAGUUUCCGCCUUUUCGUUCUGGUACGGAGGGAAGCUUUUGUCUGAGAACAACUAUAGUGUUAGCACUUUCUUCAUUGUCUUUAUAGCCAUCAGUAUGGGCAUGCAGACUGCCGGUUUCAUGUUCGGAUUCACUUCUGAUCUCUCUAAGGCACAUAAAUCGGCCAACCAUAUUAUCGACCUUCGCAGGUCUAAACCAACUAUCAAUACGUCGACUGUGAACCACCAAACACACCUUUCAAGGAGCGAGACUGCUAUUGAGUUCAAAAAUGUGACAUUUUCUUACCCGAACCGCCAGGACAUCCCAGUACUACGCAACAUCAGCUUCAAAAUCGAGAAAGGCCAGUCCGUUGGCAUUGUUGGUGCUUCAGGGUGUGGAAAAAGCACUAUUAUCGCCCUUCUGGAGCGAUUUUACGAUGUAGAGCUGGGUCAGGUUUGUUUUGGAGAUAUUCCAGUGCAGCAGCUGAACGUACAGGAGCAUCGCUCUCGCCUGGGCUUGGUCUCCCAGGACACCAUCUUGUACCAAGGCUCCAUUCGUGAGAACAUCCUGCUGGGCCGACUGCCUGGUCAAGCUACCAAUGAUGAAAUUGAAUCAGAGUCAGGAGAUGAAGCCGAAGACGCGGUUACUCGCGCCUGCAAGCUGGCUCAUAUAGACGACUUUAUCAUGAGUCUUCCAGAGGGUUACCACACGAAGCUCGGCAGCCAUGGCAUUUCGCUCAGUGGAGGCCAGCGCCAGCGUCUUGCCAUUGCGCGCGCUCUGAUUCGAGAGCCGGAUAUCUUACUCUUUGACGAGGCAACCAGUGCUCUUGAUACGGAAAGCGAGGCUUUGGUCCAGCAGGCCUUUGAGGCCAUCACACAGAAGAAUGAUUCCCGAACGGUUAUUUCUGUGGCCCAUCGCUUAUCUACAAUCAAGCAGUGUGACCGCAUCUUUGUGCUUUUUCGGGGUCAAGUAGUGGAGGAGGGAACACACGAUGAGCUUGUGGCACAGUGUGGCCGCUACUAUGAAAUGGUUUUGGCGCAGACCUUGGACGCCGAAGCUCCCUGA